AAAGCGGAUAUUUUUUUCUUUUGAUUUUUCCAACGGUCAAAUUUUUGAAAAAAAUCUCCUCCACACACACACAGAAAACAAAAUGCGUGAAAUUGUCCACAUACAAGCCGGCCAGUGUGGCAAUCAAAUUGGAGGAAAAUUCUGGGAAGUUAUAUCAGAUGAGCAUUGCAUCGAUGCCACGGGAACGUAUUAUGGUGAUAGCGAUCUGCAAUUGGAGCGCAUCAAUGUCUAUUACAAUGAGGCCACGGGGGCGAAAUAUGUGCCCCGAGCAAUUUUGGUGGAUCUGGAACCGGGCACAAUGGAUUCGGUGAGGUCGGGGGCAUUUGGUCAAAUUUUCCGGCCCGACAACUUUGUGUUUGGCCAAUCGGGGGCGGGCAAUAACUGGGCCAAGGGUCAUUAUACCGAGGGAGCGGAAUUGGUGGAUUCGGUUCUGGAUGUGGUGCGCAAGGAAUCGGAGGGUUGUGACUGCUUGCAGGGUUUCCAAUUAACGCACUCAUUGGGUGGUGGCACUGGUUCCGGCAUGGGCACAUUGCUGAUAUCGAAAAUCCGUGAAGAAUACCCCGACCGUAUUAUGAACACAUUUUCCGUGGUACCCUCGCCCAAGGUAUCGGACACAGUCGUCGAACCCUACAAUGCAACACUGAGUGUCCAUCAAUUGGUGGAGAACACCGAUGAAACCUAUUGCAUAGACAAUGAAGCCCUGUACGAUAUUUGUUUCAGGACCCUUAAACUAACCACACCGACAUAUGGUGAUCUUAAUCAUUUGGUCUCGGCCACCAUGUCAGGUGUGACCACCUGUCUACGCUUUCCCGGGCAAUUAAAUGCCGAUCUACGUAAACUGGCUGUGAACAUGGUACCAUUUCCUCGCCUGCAUUUCUUUAUGCCUGGCUUUGCUCCCCUAACCUCAAGGGGUUCCCAGCAGUAUAGAGCCCUCACAGUUCCCGAACUUACACAGCAAAUGUUCGAUGCCAAGAAUAUGAUGGCCGCCUGUGAUCCUCGACAUGGCCGUUAUCUUACCGUGGCUGCCAUAUUUCGUGGUCGCAUGUCCAUGAAAGAGGUCGAUGAGCAAAUGUUGAAUAUACAAAAUAAAAACAGCAGUUUCUUUGUGGAAUGGAUACCGAAUAACUGUAAAACAGCGGUGUGUGAUAUACCACCGAGGGGAUUGAAAAUGUCCGCCACAUUUAUUGGUAAUUCCACGGCCAUACAGGAGUUAUUCAAACGUGUUUCGGAGCAAUUCACUGCCAUGUUUCGACGCAAGGCCUUUUUGCAUUGGUACACCGGUGAGGGUAUGGAUGAAAUGGAAUUUACCGAGGCCGAAAGUAAUAUGAACGAUUUGGUAUCGGAAUAUCAACAGUACCAGGAGGCAACUGCCGAUGAGGAGGGUGAAUUUGAUGAGGAUGAAGAAGGCGGUGGUGAUGAGUAGGAAUUGUAGGUGGAAGCUCGCGGAAAAUUGCUAGUAUUUGUAAAAAUGUUUUUCUUUAUUAUUCUACUUUUCCAGUAUUGGUUUUUUAUUCUAUGUAUAGGUCGUAGAUCUUGAUCCUUGAAUGAUUAUGUCUGGACAAUAAACAAAAUUUGAAAAUAAA